AGUUGAGUUGAGUCUUGGUUAGCAGUGAAGAAGGUUGUCUGUGUUUAUCGGCGAUAACAAACUCGUUGAUCGAGCCUUAUCACGGUAUAGCAGAUAAAAACUAAAUAUCGGUAAUUAGGUUUCCGAAUUUAUUUAUUUACUAAGAGAAUUUAAAAUUUAAUUUAAAGUGUUUAAAAAUUAAAACAUGUUGGUAAAUGGAUAAAUAGUGAACAUUAAAAGUGAAGUGAAUAGAUACACUAAGGAAAAAAAAAAGAAAAUACCAACUACAGAAAAGAUGUUGCUGACAUCUACCUGGAACCUGAGUAUCCUAUUGAUAUUUAUAGCUCUGUAUGUACUAUAUAAAUACUUUACAAGAAAUUUUAAUUACUGGGAAAAACGAGGAAUAUUCUACAUAAAACCUUUACCUUUCUUUGGAAACUUCUUUGAUACAUUUACUUUUAAAAGUACCAUAGCACAUGGAUUAAAAGCUAUUUAUGACCAAUCAAAAGGAGAUUUUGUGGGAGCUUUUGUAUUUGAUACUCCAGUUUUAAUUCUAAGAUCUCCAAAAUUGAUAGAACAUGUUUUGAUAAAAGAUUUCAGCUUUUUCAAGGACAGAAGCCUUGCAUCUCCAAAACAUAACCCUAUUGUGGCCAAUUGGUUGUUGUUCCAGGGGUAUUCGGACUGGAAGAAGACCAGACCCAAGGUCACUUCAAUCUUCAGCAGUGGGAAAAUUAAAGGAAUGUUUUAUACUGCCAAACCUAUAAUUGACGACAUGUACGCAUUUAUAACAAAUAAAGAUGUCGUUAUUGAAGUUAAAGAUCUUAGUAGGAGAUACUCAACAGAGGUGGUUUCCAGAUGCUACUUUGGUAUGGGUGGUAGGUGUUUCGAAAAGGGUAAUUCCGAGAUCCAAAACAUUGCAACAAGAUUGUUUGAGUUUUCUGCAAGAAAUGCAAUAAUUCAAGGGCUACACGUAUUUAAGCCACAGUGGGUGGAGUUAUUUAAACUUGACUUUAUGAAACGGAGUGAUCAAGAUUACAUGUUGGAUGCAUUUAUGGACGUGGUUAAUGAAAGAAAAAAAGUUAAAGCACAGGAUGGAAAAGCUUUUGAUUAUAUUGAUAUUAUUUUGGAGACGCAAGAAUCUACUAACAAUGAUAAUAAAAUAGGAAUGACGGAAGUGAUGUCCAAUACUCUGCAGUUUUUCAUAGCGGGAACGGAAACAAUGAGUUCUGUACAAUCCUUUUGCUUGUAUGAAUUAGCUAUUCAUCCAGAAAUUCAAGACAAAGCACGUAAGGAAGUUAAUGUAGUUGUGAAGAGACAUGGUGCUUUAACUUAUGAGGCUAUACAUGACAUGGGGUAUGUACAUUUUUGUGUACUAGAAACCUUGCGCAAAUAUGUGUCCCUACAAAUAAUCGACAGAAAAGCUGUUGAGGAUUACAGAAUUCCAGAUACUGAUAUUAUUAUCGAGAAAGGCACUAUUAUUUAUAUACCUUUUUAUGCUGUUCAUCAGGACGAAAAAUAUUAUCCCGAUCCCACAAGAUACAAUCCGGACAGAUUCUUUAACAAGUCAAAUGUAGAAGGAAUAAACUUUUUGCCUUUCGGAGCAGGACCUAGAGCGUGUAUAGGAGAACGAUUUGGUAUGAUCAUAUCUAAACUUUUUGUAGCAUCUAUACUUUUGGAGUAUAUGAUCGAACCCUGUGAAACAACACCAAUACCAGUUGAACUGGAGACCAGAAGUUUUGUUUUUCAAUCAAAAACUGGACUUCCUCUUACUCUAAAACCAAUUACAGACGUUAGAUAAUAACAUAUUAGUAUUUUUGAUUUCAGAUUUUGAUAAUCUGAGCGAGUAAUGUAUGUAUAAGUAAUAUACUAAUAGCUUAGUAUAAGUUUUAAAAUAAAAUAUUUAUUGUAAUUUUAAGUUCCUAAAUACAAAAACAAAACCUA